AUGACAUGCGAAGAAACCCUCCCCGAAAGAUGGGUCGCAGCCUGGUCCAGCAACGACCCGGCCGCUUUCGCGCAGCUCUUUGCGCCGAACGGCGUCUACAUUGACCACGGCUCACAACUCCACGUGACCCGGAUGGACAACCACCAUCGGGUCUGGCGCAACGCCGUUCCCGACUUUAAGGCGGUGCUGGACCCGUCUACGCCCAUUUGGUGGGCCAAGAACGACGGGGUUGAUGGAAAAACGAGGACGACUUGUGUGUUUAGGUCUCUGAUGAACGGGACGUUUCUGGGAUCGUUGCCUAGGAAGGCGGCGACGGGGGCGGAGUGGUGUUUUGUGGCGAUGGUUUGUAUGGAGAUUGAGGAUGGAUUGAUUUUGAAGCUGGAUGAGUUUUAUCGGGAUAGCUUUGAGAGGGGUGUUCCGGUGGAUCAGUUUCUUCGGGAUGCGUAA